CCCCCAUCCUCUCCGCCAGGUACAGACCCAGCGUGGCUCCUCCUCCCCGAGGAGGUCACGGUCCGGGUGCGAGCCUCGCUCGGGCCGGCAGGGGAGGGGCUGAGCUACGGCCCCGCAGCCGCUGGAGCCCUUGCAGCCGUAUUAUCACAUGACUCGACGGCGGCGGUAGCCUUGGCAGCAGCUGCGCCGGCUCCGCGGACUCGCCGGGUGGGCUCAGUUCCGCUCACGCAGGAGUCGAGCGCAGCAGGCGGGGAAGGGACCUGCUGAAGCUGCGGCCUCCCAGCCGCUCGGCAUCUCCCCCGGCCCGGCCGGCCCGCUCCAUGCCGCUCCAUUGCGGAAGUGUAGCGGGGGGAGGGGGCGGCGGCGGCUGCACUGAGCGCGGGAGGCCGGAGCUCGGCCCCUUGCAGCACUAGGCUCUGGGAGCAGCGCGGCGCGCCCACCGGCCCGGCUGCCCGUGCGCCCGCCGCAGCCUGCAUGACCCGCGCUGCGCCUCGCCCGGCCCCAGCCGCCGCCCACUGCUCGCACCGCUGCUGCCGGGCGCCGGAGUAAUAUGCUCACUCGAGUGAAAUCUGCCGUGGCCAAUUUCAUGGGCGGCAUCAUGGCUGGCAGCUCAGGCUCCGAGCACGGCGGCGGCGGCUGCGGAGGCUCGGACCUGCCCCUGCGCUUCCCCUACGGGCGACCCGAGUUCCUGGGGCUGUCUCAGGACGAGGUGGAGUGCAGCGCCGACCACAUCGCCCGCCCUAUCCUCAUUCUCAAGGAGACCCGGCGGCUGCCCUGGGCCACUGGCUACGCAGAGGUUAUCAACGCCGGGAAGAGCACACACAAUGAAGACCAAGCCAGCUGUGAGGUGCUCACCGUGAAGAAGAAAGCAGGGGCCAUUACCUCAACCCCAAACAGGAACUCAGCUAAGAGACGGUCCUCACUUCCCAACGGGGAGGGGCUGCAGCUGAAGGAGAACGCGGAAUCAGAAGGCGUUUCCUGCCACUACUGGUCGCUGUUUGACGGUCACGCGGGGUCCGGGGCUGCUGUGGUGGCAUCCCGCCUGCUGCAGCACCACGUCACGGAGCAGCUGCAGGACAUCGUGGAGAUCCUGAAGAACUCGGCCGUGCUGCCGCCCACCUGCCUGGGCGAGGAGCCCGACCACACACCCGCGAACAGCCGGACUCUGACCCGCGCGGCCUCGCUCCGCGGAGGGGUGGGCGCCCCCGGCUCCCCCAGCACCCCGCCCACGCGCUUCUUCACCGAGAAGAAGAUCCCGCACGAGUGCCUCGUCAUCGGGGCUCUUGAAAGCGCAUUCAAGGAAAUGGACCUACAAAUCGAACGAGAGAGGAGUUCAUACAGUAUAUCUGGUGGUUGCACAGCCCUCAUCGUGAUUUGCCUUUUGGGGAAGCUGUAUGUAGCAAAUGCUGGGGACAGCAGGGCCAUAAUCAUCAGAAAUGGAGAAAUCAUCCCCAUGUCUUCGGAAUUCACCCCUGAGACUGAGCGCCAGCGACUUCAGUACCUGGCAUUCAUGCAGCCUCACUUGCUGGGAAAUGAGUUCACACAUUUGGAGUUUCCAAGGAGAGUACAGAGAAAGGAACUUGGGAAGAAGAUGCUCUACAGGGAUUUUAAUAUGACAGGCUGGGCAUACAAAACCAUUGAGGAUGAUGACUUGAAGUUUCCCCUUAUAUAUGGAGAAGGCAAGAAGGCCCGAGUAAUGGCGACUAUUGGAGUGACCAGGGGACUUGGGGACCAUGACCUGAAGGUGCAUGACUCCAACAUCUACAUAAAACCAUUCCUGUCUUCAGCUCCAGAGAGAGCGCCCCAGAAAAAUACUGUAUCAUCUCACUUCUAUGUGGAACCAAAAACAAAACCCCCAAGAAACAACAACAAAAAACCAAAACGCAAAGAGAUCAGACUUGCAGCUACCAGAGGUGGGGACAAAGGGGAAUUAGAGGAAGGUGCUCAAAAGGUAAGAGUCUACGAUCUCUCCAGAUACGAGCAUGGAGCAGACGAUGUGCUGAUCUUGGCCACUGAUGGACUCUGGGAUGUUUUAUCAAAUGAAGAAGUGGCGGAAGCAAUCACUCAGUUUCUCCCUAACUGUGAUCCAGAUGACCCUCACAGCCCGAGGAAGCCUCUGCGCCAGGCCCUGUGCGCCUGCCAAGUCAGACCCCUCCCGACCGCCGCCCCUUUCAGCAGAGCUCGGCCGAUCGAUAUGGAAAGCUUCAGCCAGAGAAGAAAAAUGCUCUCAAAGUACAAAACUGGUCUCCCUGGGAGGCUCUUCGUUAGGAGGGGUACACACUGGCGGCUCAGGACCUGGUGAUGCGUGCCCGUGGCGUCCUGAAGGACAGAGGAUGGCGGAUAUCCAAUGACCGACUGGGCUCAGGAGAUGACAUCUCUGUAUAUGUCAUUCCUUUAAUACAUGGAAACAAACUGUCAUGAAAACAGCCCAGGGUUUUAGAAGGACAGAAGGGAAGAAAGCUGGGAUGCCUCUGGGCGGGGCGGGGCUGGGAAGUGCCCCAGCAGAGUUCCAGACGAUGCCCCUCCUCCCUGCCCAGGUGGGAAGCUUGCUGCCGAAAGGCCUCUGGCUGAGCUCCAAGAGGACCCUCGGGUUUCAGUUUCCUCUUUAGUAACAGGUCUGGAUACUCAACAAGAGCAAAACAUAAAGGCUGCGACUGAGUGUUGUGCUUCUGUCGGUUCCUUUCAUAGGCCUCCUAGGUAGGUGGCCACUGCCCAUUUGGGAGCACAUCCAUCAUACUUAUUUUAUCCACAGUAGCUGGGGCAGCCCUUUGCGGGUGUCACUGGCAGAAGACUCUUCAGCCUGCCAAGCUGCCAACUUCCCUACGGGUUAAAAGUGCUGCAUUGGAGAGUUGGGGAUCAUGCCUCAGAAGAUGUAAUCGCCCAUCUUCUAGUAAGCCUGAGAUUUAUUUCAGGGAACACUAUCUGUGUGUGUGUGUGUGUCUCUCUCUCUCUCUUUACUGUUUUUUGGUGCCGGUGGGGUGUGGCAGGGAAUUUUUUUUUCUUUUUUGACAUUCCUUGAAUCUUAAUUGUUUUCCUUCCAUAGAACAGGUCUGGGACUUUCCAGGCCCCUGUCGAGGAAUCUGUGUGUCCAAGUCCAGCCCAGACUGUCCCCAUAUCCCGUGGCCCACACCACCCAGGCCGCCAUCUGGAGCGGUGCCCUGGCUAAUGGAGUUCAGUCUUUAUUAUGUAACGGUUUUUCCCUGAGUUGCAUUUUCUCACCAAAUCAGUGUGUUUUUGUGGAAAUAUGGGUGUUUCUCUGGACCCACAGUUCCUCUGUCAUCUUCAAGGGCCCCCCUGGUGUGGGUGAGGUCUCUCUGGGAGAGUCUGGAUUUCGUUUCUGGAAUGGUUGGCCCUCCCCCACCCGCUGUACCAUAGGGACAGACACAAAGCAGGGUUGAAGCGAGCAGGUUAAGAGAUUCCUUGUAUCAGUCAGUUCACCACACCCCAUCUGAGGACCACUCCUCCAUCUGGAUCCAGGUUCCGUGGACCAGGACCGUCCCCAAGCCCCCUCCAAAUAACAUGUUAAGGAGCAGAGUUCUGUCAAGCGCUGUCUCUGCCUCCCCAUCAUAUCUGGGCAAGGCCCGCUCGGAGUGGCCGUUUGAUAAAAGUGAAUUUGAAUCAGGCUGACUGGUCAUUCUCAGGCUGGACCCUCUGUUCCUUCUCCACGGAAUCAUGUCCCAGCCCCCCAGGUACCGAGACCCCUGUUCCCACUGUCACUCCACCUCUGGGUGUUCCUCACAAGAGCAGCGGCAGCCAGCGUAUCAGACCUCCCUGGUGCAUCUCGGCCGGGAGGACUCGCAAAAUAGAUUUUUAGAAAUCACUUUUAGGCAGACCGCUUCUGGGCAUGGGGGACCUUAUAGAGCAGUGUCCAGUCACCGAGUCUUCUCCCUGCAGACCUCCUGUGGUAGCGUCACCAUCUUGACUACUUUUUGUAAUAAGACGUGCUUCCCACCCAUUAAAGACAGAGGUCAUUGGUGUGAUUCCCCCCAGAAGGCUGGAGAGCCAGUUCCACUUCUCCUGUUUGUUCAGUCCCUUCCGCAGAGGGGAGGACAGGAACCUUUCCUCUGGGUAGUGGGUCGCCUGCGCUUACAUUCUUGGAAUGUAGCUAUUUUCUUAGGAAUGUCCUGGAGCCUUCCUGCUUCGGAAUGUAUUCAUCCCACAGUGUGGAGACAACCGCUGGUCUGGCAGGUGAAGUAUGGCGGGAAUUCACCCACCGAGUGUUUGCCAAAAUGUUGUUUGGGAAGAACUGGACUCACUGGUCCCUUGUCGGGAGUCAUCGUCAUCUGACGGCUUCCCUCCUGCUUCAGGAAAUCUUAGCCACCCCCAGCGUCUCUGUGGGGAGAAGUCUGUGGUAAACCAUUUGCUGCCCUGGCAGAACAAGAUGCUCUGGGGAAACAGGCAGGCAUCCUACAACAGCGUGGUCCGCUUUCUGUUGCUGCUCUGACUCUUAAAACCACGUACGAAUUUGGAAAUGAGAAAGUUGUACGUGGAGGGCUCUGAGCUGCCUUCUUUGGGAGGCUGUCCUCGCAAGCAGUCACCUCUCCCCCGUGUCUCCACUGCCUUUCACUUCUUUUAUUUCCUGGGCUUCUCUCUGGGCCCUACCUUGAGCUUCUCUGGUUUUACUCCAGGCACCAGAGUCAGAGUUUGCAUGUGCAUAUCAUAGGGAUGUCAUGACAGCCUGGACUCAAUUCUCCAAUUCAUUUCCUGCCAAGGCAUGUCUCAGCAAAAACUCUGGAAGCCCCUGAUUCAAUUUAUCCUAAAGUUUUGAGUAUUUAGUCCCACUGGAUUUAGUUAGAAAGGUGUCCAGGAAUUCUCCUCAUAAGCCCCCUUGGGUGGAAGGAUCUUAGUAGCAAGCUGAAGCCAUGUUGUCAGUUUGGGGGAUUGGAGGGAAACCACAAAUGAGAUGAAUAAAUCAAAUGUGGAAAAAAAAUGAUCUGUUAAUGCCCGCGGCAGGUCUGCCCAGCACCGAUAUUGCUCUGUGAAUUGAGCUUACUCAGUUUUAGCCUCAUUUUUCCCCCUUGGAGCAUUCCUGGAAAGGUCAAAAGGCAACACACUCAAAAUUCUGCAGAACAUAUUUAUACGUGGUUCUGUGAUCUUGCGUAUCUGACUUACAGUCAAGUCUGCUUGCCCCAGUAGCCUCAAAGGAAGUCUUAUUUAAUAAAAAGCUUUCGAUUUCCUAGUCAAGUCUUUACGGUUAUCUGGGGGGGGGAGGGGUGUGGCCACUUCCUUAAAUGAAAGCCUCUCUCAGUUCUAAAUCUCUUUGCUGGACUGGCACUAGCUCUUCAGAAUAUUUGGUGACACUCUUUUCCUUAAAGAGAGCAAACUUGCACUCCAUCCACACUGUGGCAUUUUGUCAGGCAACAGGCAAACCUGUGUUCUCUCAAAACCUGAAAUCGGAGCAGUACCAGACCCAGAAAACUGGAGGGUGUGUUCUCCUGUGGUUGUGCUUGCCUAACUGCUGUUCUUACAGAGGGAACAGAGAAGUGAAAGUCGGGCUAGGCCAAGUACUCAGCUGUCUAAUAGGACAGAACCCCCAAAGUGGGAAUUUGUUACUUUCCACAGUUUACAGUUUUGGGGAAUUUGGGGUAUUUAAUUUCUUAAUCCCUAGCAAUUUACCUCCAUGAGGCUGCAUGAGGUCAGCUGUGCUCAUUCUUUUUGUGCUCUUCUAAGUAUUCAUUUACUUCUUGGAAAGAAUCACAGCUGUCAAUAGAUACUGGUGGGCAAGGAUGAGAGUCCCAGUAUCCAGAGUUGGCCUCAGAUCUUGGCCAUUCGGGCAGGGUUUUCGGUUCACCAAGAGCACUAGCGUGGAAACACUUGGAAAAAAAACUCUCACAUCUUUACGACUCUGGUCUAACCUCCUUCCUCAUCUGCCAAUCAACUUUAUUUACAAGGCCACGAGUAGUCAGUGGUUUUCUUUCCACCACAGUCUGAGGAUCUUACCUUUCCUUAAGCAGCCCAGCAGCUCCACUGUUUUCAGACUGAACAUGUUAAACUUUAAUGAAAUUCUAUUUUUGGUAAGUUCGUGCUAUUGGGACACAUGAAGAAAGCAGUGAGAGUCACUAUCUAUGCAAAAACCCACCAGGCUGACCCUAAAAGGUAGCGGAUCUAAGGAAAUACUAAAACAGUAUCUGGCCACCGGACAGAAUUUUACAUUAGGAACUCGGAUUUUUGAAGACUUUCAAUUGCAGAGACAUGUCACAGCCUGCACACCAUAAGCCCCCCAAGUGUACUUUGGUUCUGUGUUGGGUGAUGUGACUUAUGUGCAUACACUGGGAUUUUUCAAAGGACACUACGUGAGCAGCCCCACCUGCCUCUUCUGUUUGAGUGUCAGUCCAGGGAGUGCUGCUCUUUAUAAUCCACAUGAUUUGUGUAAAUAGCUUUAAUUUUGCCUUUGCGUCUUAGAUGUUUUGUUUAUGUAGCGCCCAGGUAGACAGUGACCAAAUGAGGCUUUAAAUGUAUUGUUUUCUACUGUGAUGUACUUGAAGGAGAAUCUCGUGUCCUCCACUCUUCCAGUCUUCCAUAGUAUUUUGUGUUUGGGGUGUCCUGAGGUUACUCUAUUACUCCUGUUUUGCCUCCACUUUCUUUGUUUCUUUUGGAAACCCAGGGAGGUCCACAGUGGAGAUCAUUUGUAAGCAAUGUAUCAUGGUCUGGGUUUCCAAGAAAAUACCCUACGUACAGUGAAUGAGAGGAAUCUGCCUGAAAAUGGUUUCGGAACCAUGUACCUUUAUGCUUUGUGGUUGUGAAACCUUGACUUUUGUAACCCAAAAAUGAAAACUGUUUAGUAAAGGGGAUCUAUUUUGUGUGUUUUGAAACUUAGGUGCAAUGUUCCCUGGAAAAAGCUAAAGAAAUGUAUAUGCUCAAUGCCAUUUUAAAAUAAAAUAUUAUACAUAUGUAUAUAGGA